AUGGAUCAAGGAGAGGAUAUGGAUCAAAGAGAGGAGACAAAAUUGAGUUUAUCUCAAUAUGAUCCAUGGGUUAUAAAAAAGAAGUUAACUGAUUCUGAUACUUCAGUUAAUGCUAAACUUUAUCUGCCGCGACAAGGAUUAGAAGGUUCUAUAAUUCCACUGAUGAGGCAGCCUAUGGUCUUGCAGAUGGGAAUGGCAAAUGGUGUUGAAGUGAAGGUCCACGUUAUAGAGGAAGGUAAUGAAGCUGAUGACUACACAUGGAGAUUAGUUAAAUCCAAUGAUGGCGUAUACUAUCUCAAGGGAGGAUGGGGCGUUUUUGCUAAAGACAAGGCCUACCAAACAGGCGAUGUAAUUGGACUCAUGUGGGAUCAAAGCUAUGAAAGAUUCUUGCUCCACAAGAUAGUCCAAUAUUAG